AAGUGACUCGUCUACUCUCAUUAAAUCAGCGAAGAAGAAGCUAGUUCAUCAAAUACAGAUGAUGUCAUCGUGUGAAGAUGGCUGAAGGAGACGGCUGGUGGGGAGGCUGGUUUCAUCAGAGCUUUCAGGCCGUCAAAGACAAGUCUUCUGAGGCCUUGGAGUUCCUAAAACGAGACCUGACGGAGUUCUCCACCGUGGUGCAGCAUGACACGGCCUGCUCAAUCGUGGCUACAGCCAAUGCUGUCAAGAACAAACUCGCUGUGGAGGGGUCGUCUGAGACGACAGAAAAGGUGAAAAAGAGCCUUUCUAGUUUCUUGGGAGUGAUAACAGACACUCUCGCACCGCCUCCAGAUAAAACUAUCGAUUGUGAUGUUAUCACAUUAGUGGCAACACCAGCAGGAACCACAGAGGUCUACGACAGCUCUAAGGCACGGCUCUAUGGUUUGCAAGCGGACCCUGCUACAUACUGUAAUGAGCCUGAUGGUCCUCCUGAGCAGUUCGACAACUGGCUGUCUGGUUUUAGUCUGGAAGAUAAAAAAGGAGAAAUCUCAGAGCUCCUGGUCAACAGUCCGUCUAUACGAUCGCUUUACACCAAAAUGGUGCCGGCUGCUGUUUCUCAUUCAGAAUUCUGGCAGAGGUACUUUUACAAAGUCUUCCAGCUGAACCAGGAGGAGGCGAGGAGAGUGGCCCUGAAGCAGAGGGCGGAGCAGAGUGCACACAUAGAGAGUCUGGGCUGGGAGGAGGAAGAGGAGGAUGACUUCCUCGGUGCCACAUCGUCGUCUCAGCUGAGCAUCACGCCCCCACCGAACAGCAGCUCCACAGCUCCAACAGAGGUCACCCUGCUGAGCCCCGUUCCGUCUCCAAAUGAGGAGCGCGACGCCACCCUCUCGGUCAGCAGCGACAGCGUCAGCCUGCCGACGCAGGUGGAAAUGCAGCCUCCGCCCGCUGCUGUCGAGCUUGCCCACAAACUAACGGAAGCAACCUUGGAGGAUGUUGCCAUGGAUAAAGGCGAGCCGCGUCCCAAAAAGAGUGACUUACCUCCCGAAGCUCAAGUGGAAGCUGCAACACAGAGAGACGUCCCACCAGCGGGGGCGUCGCUGCGAGUCGCCGCCCCUAAACAACCAGAGAGCGUAAAAGAAGAAGGCCCGCAGGAUCUGAGAGUGUUUGAGCUCAACUCUGACAGCGGGAAGUCAACGCCCUCUAACAACGGCAAGAAAGGGUCCAGUACGGACGUGAGUGAGGACUGGGAGAAAGACUUCGACCUGGACAUGACAGAAGAAGAGGUCCAGAUGGCGCUCUCUAAAAUAGACGAUUCUGGAGAGCUGGACGAGGACUGGGAGAACUGGGACUGAGAGCUUCACAAACUAACUCUCUCUUGCUAUUAAAGCUAGUUCUCGGCAGAUGAGCCACGCUUCUCGUGUUUUAACUCUUUGUCCACUCAUGUCAUGAUUGUCAGUGGGGGGGGUUUUCUGGCUGUUUCAGACCUUGUUGGUUAACCGGCACGACCAAGGCAGCAGGAAUCGUUCUGCUUCAGCAGCUGUCGGGUCGGCACAGAAACCCGGAGAGGGAAACGGUUAUCACUAGUAGACGGCAGGUAGCAGUCCGUCUGGCGGGAAGCUGAAGGACGCGAGUCAGAAUGUGCUGCAGGAGAGGAGCCGAUUUCAUUUUCCUUUUCUUUUUAUUCUCAUGUUAAUAAAUACGUCAGAGGUUGCAAAUGUAUGAGGUUGAUGACUUAACUUUGAGCUGCAGAUUCGCCGUAAACUGUAAUGCUGCUUGUCCUUUUUCUGAAGAUGGGAGUGGCUUUCCUGUGUCCUUUCCCCUCUCGUCUUCAGGUCUCAUCUUUAUCACGAAUCUUCAGAGUGAGGGCAAAUACGUUCUGGCCUUUAUUCACGGCGCACUUUUCAUUUCGGAUUCCUCUGAACUCUAGAAGGCCUUUUAAAACAGCAGUGUGACAACAAGUGCCCGUAGACCAAAAGGGUGGCGUCUCGUUUCGGAUGAGGGACUUUUGAGAGGUCACGUUUGAUUCAUGAAGAGUUCAAGCUGGUGUCCGAUCCUUGAGCUUAAACGUGAGAGUAGCGUCUCUUGUUUUAGAGAAAUGACAAAACUGUGACAUUUUAGGUGUCUCUGUCAGUUAGAGCAGUUUUAAUUAAUAGUGUGCCAAGUCCUGUCCUGUCUCUGAGAAACUUCAGCCUGCAGGUGUCAUAUUUAUACUCAAAGAAAUGCUAAAUUCUUGUAAUGACCUGCUUUUGAUUGCAUGUCUGUGCAAUAACGUUAUGCAAAGCAUUGUGCAGAUGAUUGCUGUUGAGUUGUAUGUUUCUGGUUCUUCAGGUUCAGACGACGUGUUGCAUGUUUGUAAUUUUUUGCUGCGUAUUUCCUUCUGUUUCACACGUCGAGCUAAACACAGCUUCUACACCCUAAAGCUGUCCGAUAUUUUUAUUUUAAUGUCGAGUGUGUCACUAUAUUUCUCAAAUGAUCAUAAUCAUUAAAACAUUCACGCUGA